AUGGCAUCUCCACUUUCAGUAAUGGGUUUUCAGCUACUCCAGUUAUUUUACGUCUGGAGUGGCAUAUGUGUCGUAGCCAUGACACUUGUACAUGUUGGAACACUCCCGGCAUCCACUACAGCUAGUAGUACCUUUGUUGGGAACGAGACUGAUCGUUUUGCGUUGCUCGCCUUCAAGUCAAAGAUUUUGCAAGACCCUCAUGGGGUUGUGAGCUCAUGGAACAAUUCUCUCCAUUUCUGCGAGUGGCAAGGUCUCAUAUGCGGUCACCGGCACAGGAGAGUCACCAUUAUAGACUUGACGUCCCAAGGUCUAGUUGGUUCCUUGUCUCCUUAUGUAGGGAACCUCACCUUCCUUCGGGGGUUGUGGCUCUCUGACAACACUUUUCAGGGUGAAAUCCCUGUUGAACUCGGUAACCUGUUCAGGUUGCAAAUUUUGAACCUGAGCAACAACAACUUUGAAGGAGAAAUUCCAGCUAGCUUAUCCCGCUGCUCCAACCUCACAUAUCUUGAUGUUGGUAAAAAUAAACUAGCCGGGAAAUUCCCCAAAGAGCUUACUUCCUUGCCAAAGCUCACAAUUCUUGCCAUUUACAAGAACAAUUUGACGGGAGGUAUUUCUCCAUUCAUUGGGAAUCUUACUUCUCUGAAAAGCUUUUCUGCUGCUAGAAAUUCUUUUGGAGGAAGUAUUCCAGAUACCUUGGGUCAAUUGAAAAAACUAACACAACUUGGAUUGGGUGGCAAUCAACUCUCCGGUAUGAUCCCUCCAUCUAUUUAUAAUCUUUCAUUCCUAAAUGUUUUUUCUGUUGGUUUUAACCAACUUCAUGGUAGUCUUCCGCCAAGCUUUGGUUUCAUGUUCCCUGAUCUUCAACUCCUCCAGUUAAAUGCUAACCAAUUUACCGGAACCCUUCCAUUGUCAAUAUCAAAUUUUUCAAAAAUGGAACAAUUUCAAGUAGAACAUAACAACUUCAAUGGGAAAAUAACAGUUAAUUUUGGAAGACUACAGAAUCUCAAGAAGAUAGGUCUAUUUCAUAACAAUUUCGGAAGUGGGGAACCAGAUGACCUAGCCUUUAUUGGUUCUUUGGCCAACUGUAGCAAUUUGGAAGCAUUGGGUAUGGAGGUAAACCAAUUUAGAGGGGUGUUACCAGAAUCUGUUGGCAACCUGUCGAAGAAUCUGUUUGCCUUUAUACUUGGUAGAAAUCAAAUAUAUGGAACUAUUCCUUCAACAAUAGGUAACCUUGUCAACUUGGAGACGUUAGGUAUGGAAGGUAACCAAUUCACUGGUACAAUUCCAACUAACAUAGGAAAUCUUCCAAAGAUGCAAUUUUUGACUUUAGAAAUGAACCACCUCUCUGGGAAAAUUCCAGAUUUCAUCGGAAACCUGUCAUUGUUGCUUUAUCCUUUUCUUAGGGGGCAACAGACUAGAGGGGACCAUACCCUCAAGGCUUGCUAA